CAGUCAGUGAGUACGGGAGGCACUUAGACCGGGUGCCCAUUUCACAUUAUAUCCGUAGUCGUAGUCGCAGUCCGCCCCCUUCACGCCACGCAGGAAGACGCGAACGUCAGUUUUGUUUCUUCCGGAGCCAACCAGCUGCAGGCUCGCCUUUCCCGGCUACCUGUGAUCCAAAUCGUUGCCGUCGCCGCCCCGACAAGGAAGAAACUCUGGGACAUGGCCAGACCAGAACAAGUCCUGGUGCUGGAGCCACAACACGAGCUGAAAUUCCGAGGACCAUUCACCGAUGUUGUCACUGCCAAUCUGAAGCUCACCAACCCUACAGAUAGAAAUGUGUGUUUCAAAGUCAAGACAACCGCACCUCGCCGUUACUGUGUUCGCCCAAACAGCGGCAUCAUCGACGCUGGAACCUCCAUCAAUGUUUCUGUUAUGCUGCAGCCUUUCGACUACGACCCCAAUGAGAAGAGUAAACACAAAUUCAUGGUGCUGUCCAUGCUGGCUCCCUACGACAUGACUGACAUGGAGGGCGUUUGGAAGGAGGCCAAGCCUGAGGAGUUGAUGGAUUCAAAGCUGAGAUGUGCCUUCGAGAUGCCUCUUGAAAAUGAUAAAGCGACGGAGUACGCCUCACUGCCAGUGGCGUCCAGCGCCUCGCUGGAUGACGGAGAGGGGAAGAAGAUCAUGGAGGAGUACAAGCGACUGCAGGCAGAUGUGCAGAGACUACGGGAAGAGAACAAACAGAUCAGGGAGAAUGACGGUCUGCGGAAGAGAAAAUUGGCGGCGGCUGCAGCCGAUUCCUCCCCCUCCUCCUCUGUCAUGGCCUCCUUGGCCACCAGGGACGAAGGCUUGAGCACCCGUGUGGUGGCGCUGUGCGUUCUCUUCUUUGUCAUUGGGGUCAUCAUCGGCAAGCUGGCCCUGUAGACGCACAGACGGACAACACAGCGACGGACGGACAGACGGAUGGCUGGUGGCCUGGAAGGACACGUGUCAUUGACGGCAACUUGAGGAGGUCUUCUCGGCUUUAAAUUUUCUCUCUCUGUCUUAUUUUUAACCUUUGAGGCAAUAUGGUUCUGCCUUGUCAUGGCAGGGCUAAAAAAAAGGAAACAUUGGAAUGUGUUCUAAGAAAACAAAGAAAUUAAACCUGGACUUUUCUCUCUUUUGUCUGUGUGUGUGAAAUAAUCACCACCUUCAAUCCAGCGGCUCCGUCCAUCGCUCUCGAUCCUUAAGAGCUUGCACAGGUAACAAUUAGUGGUGAUGUGGCUCAAGGCUUCCAUUGAUUCCCAACUGAUGUCACUUCAAACAAACACAUGCUCUUAUUACCGAUAAUCUACACAGAGAUGGAACACUAGUGAAGUGAACCUUUAUAUUCUGGACUUCAAUUUUAUGUAUGUAAAUGUUUGUACGUUGAGGGUGAGAGGGUGGAUGCUUGCAUAAAAGAGCACAUGUCAGAUAUCUUGUGAUAAGUUAUUGGGGCUUUUUGUCCAGUCUCAGCUACCGGAACCAUAAAGAGAAUCUCCUCUAGUCAUGUGAUUCAAAGGUGUAUUUGGUUUUCCCAGGCUGCACUUUGCCAACAAUGGCCCUCCACUUGUGUACAGAAAGAACCUAGCCGCUAACUCAUUAAGAGCCGUAAACUUCAUGCAAAACCAAUGUAGACAUUUUCAAUAAACACUUGUAUGCAACAAUA